GCGAAGCCACGAGAAGAUAAGCCUUGGCUUCACUUUUGGAUAACGCUGUCAAGUGGGAUAUUGCCGGGGUGAGUAGCUACACCUGUGUCUGUCUGGGAUUUUUAAUAACUGUGUCUUCAUUAACUCUAACUAUGCCUGUUGUCAUCUCCAAGAGGGAGACAGCCACAGAAGAUUACUGUCUAAGUGAACAAUGACUGUAAGAGAUUGGGACAGUCAAAUUAUAUGCAAAGUCGAGUUUGUAGAGUAAUGAAAGCUGGGGUGGACCCUCAAGGGGAAUAAGCGACACAAAUGUAAUUUGGGGAGUUGUGGAAAAAAAAAAAAAGAGGGGAACGACGGAUUUACUAAAUAUUUGCAAAGCUGCAGUAACAAACUCAGACCUAUUGUCUGAGCACAUGCCUGUAGGUAACAGAAGACAAAUACAAUUAUUUAAAUACCACAUUAAUGUAUGUGGUACACUAAUGCCUUGAUACACUCUCCCAACUACACUCUGUCGAUAAAAACUAGGGACUAUAAAAAGAAGUGGUAGGAGUUGCAUCAGAGGAGACCAAAGCAGUGGGAAAGGAGAGAGGAAGGCACCCCAGAAGGAGACGCUGUGGUGGGGCAUCAGCCAGAGCUCUCUUCCCCUCAGACCAUGUCCUCCUCCAUCAAAAUCGAAUCCAUUGUGAAGGAGAAGAACAGGAUGGGAGAGUGCCCAGUCUGGGAAGAAAGGGAGAGCGCACUCGUCUAUGUAGACAUUAACUCACAGAAAGUUUGCCGCUGGAGCCCACUCACCAACGAGGUGCAGAGUGUGUCUGUGGAUGCCCGCGUCGGCUCGGUGGCACUGCGGCAGUGCGGGGGCUAUGUCAUCGCCCUGGGGACCAGGUUUGCCUUUCUGGACUGGGACUCCCAGGUGGUCACCACCAUCCUCGAGCUUGAGCAGAAUAAACCCAACAACAGGUUCAAUGAUGGGAAAGUGGAUCCAAAGGGGAGGUUUUUUGCUGGUACGAUGGCUGAAGAGACGGCACCGGGGGUCCGAGCGAGGCAGCAAGGCGCUCUCUAUACCCUUUUCCCUGAUCAUUCAGUAAUAAAACAGUUAGACCAGGUGGACAUCUCCAAUGGUCUGGAUUGGUCCCUGGACCACAGGACCUUCUUUCACAUCGACAGCCUGGCAUAUGCUGUGCACGCCUUCAGCUAUGAUGUGCACACUGGAAAGAUUGCCUGCCCCAAAGUUUUGUACCAUCUAGAAAAGGAGGAGCAAAUGCCCGACGGGAUGUGCAUAGACGCAGAAGGGAAGCUCUGGGUGGCCUGUAUUGAUGGCGGGAGAGUCAUUCGUAUAGACCCAGAGACAGGAAAAAGAAUCCAAACUGUGAGGCUGCCUACUCCGAGGAUCACCUCGUGCUGCUUUGGUGGAAAAGACUACUCAGAAAUGUACGUGACUUCUGCAUACGAUGGACUGGAUGAGACCACCUUAGCCAAGGAACCUCAUGCAGGAGAGAUUUUCAAGAUAACAGGCCUGGGUGUGAAAGGGAUCCCACAGAAUUUCUAUGCUGCUUGAACACUGAUGCUAAAUAACAAAGAAGAAAUGCUUGCGUUUUGUAGUAACUCUGACAAGGACGAGUCCAAUGAACUACAGAAUUUAGUGGUGUGAGGAUUUCUAAACCCACAUUUGAGAGCAUGCUUAUUUGGAAUGGAAGAUAUUCCUUCUUCUGUGGGCCUGUGGCUUGAUGCAAUAGGUUAGAGAGGUAAAGUUAAUCUGUGUUACACCUUGAUAGCUUUUGUGACUUUCCAUAAACCUCUUCAAGCUUGAGCUUAGUUUUGUUGAACUUUCGGAUGACCAGCUCUGAAUUUUCAAGUCUGUGUGGUUCCCGAAGCAGAAUCUGACUCCUGCUUUGUCUUGUCAUGUUACAGUGAAGUACCAGCAAUGAUAUGGCAGAUUUUAAUAAACAUUUUAAGGGUGGUGACUUGAACCGGACUGCUCCUCUGCUGUGGGACUCUCCCCAAGGUGUUUUCUUGGUGAUCAGACCUAUUUGUAGUAUCCAGACUCCAUUUUUACAUCCUUGCUAGCCUGUUUCCAUUUGCUUUGUCAUGAAUUCUUCUGUCUUGUCUUUAGGACACCG